ACCUUUUUGGACAACAAGCCGGGACAGCACCAGAGAACGUGAUAUGUAACAGAAAAACCCCACCAACAUUAACAAACGUUCGGGAUCGGAAGGAAAACAAAACGGAAAAUUGGGAGAAGAAGAAGCCGACACACUGAGGUAGAUGAAGAAGCCCGGGGCAGCUGAGAAGAAGCGGGUCCGACGAUCCUCCGGUGAUCCCAACUCUGAUACCCCUCCCAGGAAACAAGCUGCCAAGAAAGAUGUGUUUCAAUUAUUUGCUGAGAAGGUUAGAGACCACAAGGAUUUGGAAUCUAGGUGGGCUGUUUUACAGGAGACGCGAGUUGAAUACUUUAGAGGGAAGGAUUUUGUCAGUUUUCUGAAGAAUCAUCCAGAGGUCAAAGAAAUACUUGAAGCUGAUAAGAAUUUAGAAGUUGAAGAAAUUGCCAAUGCUUUAUUAAGAAGUAACCUUUUGGUGCGCUGUGAUCGUGUGGUGAAAACAGUUCGUCCCGGGAAGAAAAAGUUGUCUACUUGGCCGGCGCAUUUAGAAAUUUUCCCUGAUCAAUUAUUUUCAGAACAUGAUGCCUUCUUUGCAUGGACAUUUGUCAAGCGGCGGCCAUUGUGGCAGACACUUCUCUCAUUUUUCUGGCCUGUUUUGACGCUAGCAAUUUGCUUGUUCCCCGUAUACCCACAUAAGUGCAAGCUAUUAAUUCUUUACUUAUGUGCUGGGGUCCUUCUGCUUAUCGUUUCCCUGCUCACAUUGAGAGCUGCAGUAUUUGGUGUUCUGUAUAUCAUCCUUGGAAAGCGUGUGUGGUUCUUUCCAAACAUCCUUGCUGAGGAAGCUACAUUGCGAGAAUUAUUCCGUUUCUGGCCCAAGAAAGAUGAGGAGGAAAGACCAAAGUGGACAACAAGGCUUUUCUAUUCAGUAGUGGCUGUGCUGGUCAUAUUGCUGCUGAGGCACCAUGCACCUGAUGAGGCUGCAAGAGCCCGAUAUCAGAAGAGGGUCUCGAACAUUAUCGAUGAUGUUCUUGAAUGGUCCCCGAGAUUGGCGUUGUCUGGGAUGAUGGAGAAGCAGCAAACUAUUGUUAACACCACAGAACCCACAAAUAGUGCUGCUGCUAGUGAUGAAACAAUCUCAGAGAAGGUCCCUCCACCUGACAGCGCAGGGGCAGAAACCAUCUUAGAGCAGGUAGAUGAAGAAGUUGAAAAUAUAGAAGACACUGAGCAGCAUUAACACCAUAGUCGCACAAAAUUGUAUACCCAGCCAAACCAAACACCACCUGGUUUGGGUGUUUUAACUUUUGAGUGUAGAACUGUAAUCAGAAAAUAAUAUAUCAGAUUUCCCCAAAUUUGCCUCAUUGGAUUCAUGAGAAAAGGUUCUAGAUAAUUUUGAUUUUUCAAAGGUUAUGUUUCUAUUUGAGUAUUGCAUUGAAAAUCAGGAACUGAGAGGAGAACAGUGUAAGGAUACUUAUAAGCUUUGUGAAAGAAAAGCUAUUUGCUUUUGCGUUGCUUAGUCCAAAAAAGAAAAAUAAAUCCAUUCUCUGUUCA